AUGGCCGUAGAAGUCGAGGAGAAGAUCGCCGCGCCUGCUGAUGCCCCGCCCGAUUACAAGACGCAGCAGAGUAACGGCCAUGUGCCCGCUGCUGAUGGGCAGCCGGUGAUACUGGGCAAGAAGAGCCCCGGCGUGCUGCGUGUUGAGGUCAUUUCCUCGCAUAUGACGCUCGUGGACCGCAUUAUUCUCUUCAUCGGCAUCUUCCUGCUUGCUUAUGCUUAUGGUCUUGAUGGCACGCUGCGGUUUACAUUCCAGACAUAUGCGACUGCGUCGUAUAGUUCGCACAGUCUGCUGGCCACCGUCAAUGUCCUGCGUGCCGUCAUUGCGGCUGCUGCUCAACCCACCGCCGCUAAAAUGGCGGAUGUCUUUGGCAGAGCGGAAGUCAUCUUGUUCACCAUUGUCUUCUACGUUAUUGGAACCAUUGUGGAGGCUACUUCAGACGGCGUCAAGGCGUUCUGUGCCGGUGCAGUGCUGUACCAAAUCGGCUAUACAUCGAUCUUACUCCUGGUUGAAGUCCUCAUCGCAGACGUGACCUCGCUUCAAACCCGUCUCUUCUUCUCCUACAUCCCAGCAACGCCUUUCCUCAUCAACACCUGGGUCAGUGGAGACAUCACCAACGCCGUCAUCACUCACUCAACAUGGCAAUGGGGUAUCGGCAUGUGGGCAAUCAUAUACCCCGUCAGCGCCAUACCCGCCAUCACAAUCCUGUACAUUGUCCAGCGCCGCGCAAAGAAAGCCGGUGCCCUAGACAGCUACAAGACCCCCUUCCAGAUCUACGGCGGCAAGAAGAUCGUCACCGCCAUGUUCUGGCAACUUGACAUCGUCGGAGUCAUCCUGCUACUAGGCGUGUUCGCCUUGAUUCUCGUCCCAUUCACCAUCGCAGGUGGUGUCGAAACGCAAUGGAAGACCGCAAAGGUCAUCGCACCGCUCGUCAUUGGCAUCUUGCUUAUCCCCGUCUGGCUCUACUGGGAGUCUACCUGCUUGCAUCCCAUGGUUCCUUUCAGACUGCUUAAAGACCGUGGUGUGUGGGGCGCGCUUGGAAUCGCCAUUAUGCUUAACACCGCAUGGUACAUGCAGGGAGAUUUCCUUUAUACCGUGCUGGUGGUUGCGUUCAACGAGUCCAUCAAGAGCGCUACCCGCAUCACCUCCAUUUACAGCUUUGCUUCCGUCAUCACGGGUGUUGCUAUGGGUGUCUUCGUUUACUUCUUCCGACGACUCAAGCUUAUCAUCGUUGCUGGAACGGUGCUGUUCCUGGUUGCUUUUGGCCUUUUGAUUUACUACCGUGGUGGAUCAGGCUAUUCCAGCCAUGCAGGUGUCAUCGGCGCUCAAGUCUUGCUUGGAAUCGACGUCGCCGUCAUCACUGGUCUGUUCCUGGCCUCGUAUAACAUCGGCUCAGCCCUAGGAAACACUAUCUCAGGCUCGAUAUGGAACCAAAUCCUCCCCCAGGCUUUGAUGCAGCGCAUAUCCAACCAGACCCUCGCGGCAGAAAUAUACAGUGAUCCAUUCCCCUUUGCCACCGCCAACCCCAUCGGCACCCCUGACCGAGACCAUGCCGUCGAAGCAUACAAGCAUGUCCAGCGCUUGCUGUGUAUUGCCGGAAUAUGUCUCUCGGUGCUACUGAUUGCCUUCUCUCUCGUGCUGCGUGAUCCUGUGCUUGGAAAAGAGCAGAGUCUUGCGUUUGCGGACAAGGAUUCGUCUGACGAUGAGAGCUCGGGCGCCGAUGCUGCGGCUGUUAAGGUGUAG